AUGCACCCGGCGCGCAAGAGCGGCAGCAACCCUAAAGCCCUGGAAGUCUACACGAGGGCUGGUGGCUUCAAAUCGGGCAGUGCUCUCGACGGCAACUUCGGCAACUUGCUGACUCGAGAUCCGGCCCACUGGACCUGCCCAAGCAUCGCAGACAUGGCGCAUGGUACAUGCAGCGAAGACUUCGGAGGGUGGGGAGAUCGCUUCGUUCAGCUCGGAGACUGGCGCUUGGCUGCCAUCGAUGAGGACAACUUCGCCUUCGCGCAUAAGAACGGCGAGAAUGCAGAGGUCUUUAAGAGCGAUGGCAACCGCGUGACGGGACCCUUCAGUGACCGUGUCUGGCGAAGGCCCCUUGGCUUUCCCCACGGCAUCACCUUCGGCCAGAACUUUAUCCAGAUAGGCAGCUUCCGCCUGGCAGCGCUGGACGACAACCACAUGUCCAUCUCUCACCAGAACGGCCAGACUCCGAAGAUCUGGAAACACGAUGCGACCACGGUGACCGGACCCCAGACGCACUGGAAUGCCUGGAAAGGCAACAAGGCCGUCACCGCAGGCCCUCCGGCAGGCGUCGGGUACGGAAACAGGUACUUGCAACUUGGUAAGUUCCGCAUCGGAGUCGCAGACGAUAGCGGCGUAUGGCUCUUCGUGACCCACACGGACGACGGUGAUGGCAAGACCGUGGAGGCCUGGAAAUCAGAUGGCACCGUCCAUGCAGGCCGGCGCCGACGCGAUUGGUCGCCCGCCCUGAACCGUCGGAACACACAGUGGCACUGUGGCAACAUCCAGGAAAAUCUCGGAUCCUGCAGUGGGAUCACCGCAGGUCCCGGCUUCAUCCAAUUCGGGGACUGGCGCCUGGCGGCUAUCAGCUCUGAGUACUUCUCCAUCUCACACCGCUCCGGACAAACCGCCAUGAGAUUCAAGUCGGAUGGGACCUAUUCCGCAGGGCCUCGCCAAGACCAUAAUGGUUGGGACGAUCGCGAGUCCGGGUAUGUGCCUGCGGGGGACCUGCAGGAGGUGAAGAUCGGAGAUCGUUUCAUCCAGUUCGGCAAGUUCUGGCGGCUGGGCGAAGUAAGCGAAGACAAGCUCUCCAUUUCCCAUAAAAGCGGCCAGACGCCGCUGGUCUUUCAGAAGGAUGGCACCUUGCUAGAGGGGCCCAGCAGAAGCAACAACCUUUUCAAUCGUCGCUACGCGGGUGAGCCCAAGGGGGUCACCUUCGGUGAUCGCUUCGUGCAGAUCGGCGUCUUCCGGCUUGGAGACGUGAAUAGGGAUACUUUCUCUAUUGCGCAUGUGAAUGCCGCCACGCUCAACGAGCGCUUCACGAAAGAUGGGCACCACCAAAGGAGCAAUGGGAACGGAGACAUGACGACGCUUGGGCGUCCUUUGCAAUACUGCAAGGUUAUCACCGACAAGCCUCGUCUAUUCAGCUUCGACACAUUGUAUACCUUCUACAACCCGCAGCACGGGCGCUACCUGAGUUUGAACGGGCACGCAGACAUCCUCUCCGUGGAGGCCAAUGGGCCCGAGGACUUGCCCCUCUGGCGCACCAACGAGCGCUUUGCGGUUGUGGAUGCUGGGAAUGGCCUCGUCGCGCUGCACAACGCCAGGUGGAACAGGUUCAUGAAGAUGAGCCAAAGUCAGAUGAUGGCGUCUCCUGUCAAGGCUGCGAGUCGGCUCCCCGCCAGCGGCUGGCACAGCGAGUACUUUCAAAUCGUCGAUGCUGGCGAUGGGACGGUGGGACUCCACAACCCCCACCAGAACCGUUUCGUGCAAAUGCGCCCUGACGGCACCGUGCAAGCCACCGAUGAGAGGAAUUGGGAUCAGCUGAGAAGGCAUACUUGGAGCUAUGAGCGCUUCUACAUGGUGCCGGUGACGAACUAUCUUCAGCCGGGCACCUGGGUAUCUCUGUGGAACCCAACUGCCAAGCGUUUCCUCCAAAUGGACAGCGGAACCCGAAUGGAAGGUGGACCCGCUAACAUGGCCGCCAAUGCCCUCAGCGAUGGACAUCAGUGGGGUUCUUGGGAGCGGUUCAGGGUGGUUGAUGCCGGCGAAGGAAGGGUUGCGCUGCACAGCUACAAGCAUAACAAGUACGUGCGAAUGAUAUGGAAUGGACACGAACAUCGGAUGACUGUGAGCUCGUCAUCUCCUACCACCAGCGUCGAGCUGCCGAACGGUUGGGCGGGCGAGAUGGGGUUCGUGCCGGUACCCCUCAACCCGGACAACAACGAGAUCGCCUUGUGGCAUCCUGGUCAUCGUCGUGCUAUCAAGAUGAGUGGGCAGACCGUCUCGGCCAGCGCGGACUGUUCCGCUCAGGACUUGAACCGUGGAUGGACUGGUGAGACCUUCCGGGUGAUGCCGCUACCAGAUCCGAGGCUCAGGUAG